CAUAGAAACAAUGGGUAUCAACCUUCAUUGGUCAAGUCAUGGUUUUGGCCCUGAAGGAGACCCCAGAUUAUAAAAAGACAAUAUUUCUGAGCACGAAGUUAUCUUGCUCAAUCUUCCUAUACCCGGAUGUCUGAUACCUCCUCCUCCUCCUCCUCUUCCACAUUUCCUCCAGAGGAUUACAACCUCAAAGCGUAUUUCAUCAGUCUACACCAUCAUCAGCACGAUACUAUCAAACCUACGACAUUGGCUCCAGAACAGGAAAAUAUUUUUACUGCAGACAAAGGGACUUAUGAUUUUGAACAGAAUUUGUCCUCCUCUGUUCUCAAUAAUAUUCGUGCCAUGCUUGACGAAGAAGAUAGCUCUUCCUUGAGAUUUCCAGUUGAAGACAAGACUCUUAAUCCACGAGCCCAUCCUUUCGUCCCUGGUUCAGAGAAUGGCGCAGGCAGCUGUGCCUCAGCAAGACUGGUGGCAAUUGAUGCGAUAAAUAGGUUUCACCAAAGAUACGAUCGUCCUCUUCCUCCCCUCCUACGACCCUCGUCAGGCUUAGAAUCCUCUCCUUGGCUGGCAUCUACCCGACACCCCCCAAACUGGCGCCAUUCACUUGAUCUUGCAGCUCAUACGACCCCGAUGAGCGCGUCCGCAAUAGACGAAUACGGUCGAGACUUGGUUCACGGACAGAUCUGGAGUCGCUGCGGCCUAGUCGACCUGAUUCAGCAUGUCUGCUGGAAAGGUUCCGAACCUUCAUUCGACACGCAUCCUUUGUCAGUUGCGCUACUGGCGUUCAGCGUUUAUAAUCACUUUAAAACUAUCGGGGAUCAAAAAAAUGCCUCUACAUUCACGGAUAUUCUUCAGCGAUGCGUCAAGGGAUAUUUCGAGGCGCUUUGGGAUGUCGAGAAUAAAGGUUCUGCCCUUCGAUUCACAUCCGACUCUUCUUUUGCCCCUGAGUAUAUCCAGUGCGCGAGUCGCUUUGUGGCGUUUACUGGGUGUUUAUACCGCUGCGACGUCAUUGACAGAGAGACUGUUCUGCAUUGUUUAUGGAUCUUAAUAUGUCAACUCACAGCUCCAGAACAUUUGUACGCCAUACUCAGUCUAGUUGAAUGCUCCGGGGUAUAUUGUCGCAACAAUGGAAGCAGCGAUAUCGUUCUGGUGCAUCGCUUCGUCAGAAGUCUCGUCGCCGUUACACAACAGCAACUAUCGAGUGUUCCUAACAUUCAACGCACGACCGAUACAAUUCUGCGCCUUGUUACUGAACAGAGUGGCUGCAGCAUGGACGUACUUCAGUAAUCGCGUUAUGAUCUUGUCACUUCUUGACACGACUGUGAUGAGACCUUUGUAUUAGAUAGGUGGAUGCGUUGGUUGUAUUUUUUGUUAUGCACAUGUGGUUAUGCGAGGUGGCAUUGUGAUCUCCAUGG